UCUGUGGUUCCCUCCUCAUGUCACAAACCGUCUGUGGUUCCCUCCUUCACUUCAUCCAUUCGUCUUGGUAACACACACUCCAUCACCCGUCUCCAUUUGUUUUGGCGGAGCGGGUGCCAUCUUUGUCGGCUUGGUGGUCGGCUCCAGAAGGCGAAGCUGGACUGAAGUGAAUUGAUUCACUGGGAUUAAGGAUUAAGAUUUCCCCCGGCCGCUCUGGUGGAGUAAAUCUGGGGAUUAUGAUGUCAACGGCCUGCGGCUGCUGCAGAGGAAAUUGAAUUGUGUUGGACGUCUGGGAAUGCCGAUGGCACAGAGUUACUGUGAUGGGACGUUAGCGCAGGGAGUCCACGUCUGUGCCUCGCUCCUGCUCAGGGAACCAACGCUGCCUUUGGGCUGCAGGAAUCUUUGAGUAGCAGAAGUGACUGUGAGUAGAUGUCUGGGACGUUGACUGAGCGCUAAGAGGAUUUCAGUGUCACUGGUAAUCCGUCCUGCUCGGGCCUGUGGAGCAUCAGGUGCCUCCUGCUGCCGAGGCCGCUCCUGCUGCUGCCGUUAAACCAGGCGAACUGACGAAGAGCAGCGGGAUGAAGGUGAGAUGGACGCAGCUCGGGCUGCUGUUCUUCCUCGCUCUGUCGCUGGUGAUGACGGGAUGCUUCUUCUGGCAAUAUCAGCUGCCGAAGGUCCUGCGAGACGAGGGGACGGGUCGCAGCGCCAACGCAGAGAUGAUGUGUCCUCGCUUCCCUGAGCCUCUCCCGCUGGAGCAUCCUAUCCCGAGUCUGAAGGAGGCCCUGGAGAAGGUGGACGUUUUGCUCCGGCAGAGCUCCAACCCCAUCAGCCUUCCCGCUCUGUCGGCCAUUGUGAUUUUAAACGACACUGUGUUAUGGACCGGCAACUUUGGAAAGAGGAAUGCCAGCGACCCCCUCUCAGGACCCCCCAACGAGUACACAAUCUACAGAAUUGCCAGCUUAUCCAAAAUCUUCCCGACGCUGAUGCUGUACAGACUGUGGGAGGACGGGAAGAUCGGCUCCCUGGACGACCCCCUGGAGAAGUACGUGGAGAACUUCACCAUCAAAAACCCACUGGGGAGGUCGAGAGACUCUGAGCUGAAGUACGUGACAGACGGCCUGAUAUUUCUGGACAGCGGCGAGGUUCAGAUCCGCUCGUCCUCAGUCACCCUGCGCAGGAUGGCCAGCCAGCUCUCAGGCCUGCCCAGGAGACUCCGGGCCACAAAUCUGCUUUGGAAAGGAAAAACUCAAUCUGCAAUCAAUCUGCUGCAAGACGAUGUCCUGGUCGCAGACCCCGGCACCAAAUGUCACUACAGCAACCUCGCCUUCUCUCUGCUGGCCCAUGUGAUGGCGGAGCGAGUGGCCAGCGUCGACUACCAGCGCUGGAUCACAGACAACAUCCUGGACCGGCUGGGGAUGGAGGACACCGGCUUCGACAUCACCCCUGGGCUGCAGACUCAAAUGGCUGUAGGAGUUUACUCCAAUGGGAAGCCAGCCCCGCUUUAUGACCUGGGUUGGUACCGGCCUUCAGGUCAGAUGUUCUCCACGGCGGCAGACUUGGCCAAGCUUGCCAUGAUGCUGCUGGGCGCAUAUCACCGCAAACUGCUCGAGCCAGACUCCUUGAAGAUCAUGCUGACGCCAUUGUUCAGGUGCGACAGUGACUACUUCGCCAACCGUACCGGGACGCCAUGGGAGGUGAACGAGCUGAUGGGCUACGAGAUGGUGCGUAAAGACGGCGAUCUGGACGGGUACUCUGCCACCUUCUCUCUGGUUCCCAGACUGAAGCUCGGUCUGGUGGUGCUCAUGGCAGGCAGCAGGUCUCAGACCCAGGAUGUGGUUACCAAAGCCUACAACCACAUCAUCCCAGCCGUAGAAAAAGCCUUCAGGGAGGCCAAGAAGGUCCUCUUUGCUCCCCCUAGCCCAGACCCUUACAUCGGCUUCUUCACCUACAGCAACAUCACCUUCUACGAGAUCAAGGUGGGAGCAGACGGAGUCCUCGUCAUGCAGCAGUUUGGGCCUCAGAUUGAAGAGCUGAUCCCAGAGAAGUACAGGACAAUAAAGCUCAACUACCUGGUGGACCGGGUGUUCAGAGUUGUGUUUGAAAAAGAGUACCCUUGUGUUUUGCAGGUCGGCACGGCCUCGGUGUCCCUGGAAGCUCAAGAUGGUCAAUUAUUUAACUUCUACACAUUUGACAAGCGAGGUCUGUCCUCUGGCUUCGAUGCUCCAGGACUGAACACGUACAAUGUGGUCAGAAUAGCUCGCAGACCGUCUUUCUCAAGCUGAACCGCUGCAGUGCUGUGGCCUCAAGAUGACUGUCACUGGGAUGUGAGGGACAGUUAACUAAAUGUUAACUAAUAUCUAAGACAGGACUGAGCUCUUGGUUUCCAGAGAGCAGAGAGGGACGGUGUCACGUUUACAGCUGUAAAUGAAUGAAUUCCUCUUCUGAAUGAUGCAUGUGACUCUUCUCCUCACACUGGUCCUUCAUUACGUCUCCGAACUGAACAUUCACAUUAUGGUGAUUCAGUGAUUGUGUUUGUCCGACUUCCAUCCAAACUGCUCUCAGUCUCUGAUGUCCUCGUCCUCUCAUGAGGAAACAUUUCACUUUCAAUUCUUGGACCUUGGAUUGCAGUUCCACUAAAUCAUUUAUCUUCCAUCCAUGAAAAAUAAGAUAUGAUUUAAAUUCUUUGCAGUGCUGUUUUUGUUGCAGGUAAAAUUGGGACAUUUUCAUGGGUAAUGUGAAUAUGCAUUUUCCCUAUUUUAAAUAGGGAUGUUGCCAUGGGUACGAAACAGCAUUGAUCAACAAUCAUGCACUUAUGUGGAUGACACACACAAUAUUUUUGGCUCCCCAAUAAGCAGCGAUUAAGGCUGAAGAGGCUUUUGGUUUCCUCUGUGACACUUUCCUUUUUAAUCCCUGAAAAUGCAAAAUUCAUCCCGACCUCUAACACCAAUAUGAAUAUUACACAGCCCUGACUGCUGAAGGACAGAUUCACGUGUUUGACCUUUUCUGAUUGAUUGACUGACUGCGGAUGUGAUGGAACUGGAACAGAGGUUGAAAAUGUUGCUUCGUCUUGAAGCAUCAGGUGCAACGAGGCGAAUCGCGGGAAUGUGGACUCAACGCUGCCGAAAGAAUAAAUUUGCUGUAUCCACUUUGUCCAACCAUUAGUAAAAUACUGAAACUGGAAUCUUCAGCGCGCACAGAAUAAAAAUGUAUUGCGGGCACGAAAAAAAAUGACUUGCAUCAUGAAGUUAUUAUAAGACAUUCUGGAACAAAUGACACCAUGUGCUGUUAAAAACAUCAGAAGUGAGCACGCAUCAACAGAGGGAAAAGAAAACACGCGCAGAGCUUGGACAUUUAUUUGUGAAUCUUUUUAUAGACAUUGCACAAUAAGCAUAAUCACUUUUCAUUUCUGCAAUCAUGGUGAACAGGAGCUUACCAGUCAAUCAAAGGCCAUUUUACAUGAAACUAAACAGGAUUAUU